AUGGCCCUGACAGAAUACAGCGCAAACCCGUCACCACCGCCAGAGACGAUAGAUGAUGGCGCCGCGCUGGUGCCGGAGGAUCUGCAGCUUCCAGACGGACAUCCUGACUACCUGCGCAUGAUUGCCAGCGCAACCUCCCGAGUCUACGAGGCCUGCAAGAUCACGCCGCUCGAAAAGGCCAUCAACCUGAGCAACCGGUGCGAGUGCAAUGUCAUGCUCAAGCGCGAGGACCUGCAGCCCGUCUUCAGCUUCAAGCUGCGCGGCGCCUACAACAAGAUGGCCCAUCUCGACCCGGCCGAGAGCUGGCGCGGCGUCGUCUGCUGCUCCGCCGGCAACCAUGCCCAGGGCGUCGCAUACUCUGCGCGCAAGCUCAAGAUACCCGCCACCAUCGUCAUGCCCGAGGGCACGCCAAGCAUCAAGCACCUCAACGUCGCCCGCCUCGGCGGCCACGUCGUCCUGCACGGCGCCGACUUCGAUGCCGCAAAGGAGGAGUGCGCGCGCCGCGCCAAGCACGAUGGCCUCAUCAACAUCCCGCCCUUCGACGACCCCUACGUCAUUGCUGGGCAGGGCACCAUUGGCAGCGAAAUGUUCAGCCAGGUCAACAUGGCCAAGGUGGAGGCCAUCUUCUGCGGAGUCGGCGGUGGCGGCCUCAUUGCGGGCAUUGGCUUGUACAUCAAGCGCAUGGCACCCCACGUCAAGAUCAUUGGCGUCGAGGCGUCUGAUGCGAACGCCAUGGCGCAAUCUCUAAAGCUGGGGAAGAAGGUUACGCUGCCAGAGGUCGGUCUGUUUGCUGAUGGUGCGGCUGUCAAAGUCCCCGGAGAGGAAACGUUCCGCAUCUGCCGCGAGGUUGUUGACGAGGUCAUCGAGGUCACCACCGACGAGAUCUGCGCCGCCAUCAAAGACAUGUAUGAUGAUACCAGGUCCGGCCUGGAACCGGCGGGUGCCCUGUCCAUUGCCGGCUUGAAGAAGUACGUUGCGCGGGAGCCGUCUGUUGAUUUUAAGAGGACACUCAUCGCAGUGACCUCGGGCGCCAACAUGAACUUUGAUCGACUAAGAUUUGUCGCUGAGCGUGCCACGCUGGGUGAGGGCAAGGAGGUGCUCAUGGCCGCCAGCAUCCCCGAGCGCCCUGGAGCUUUUGCCAAGCUCGUCGACACCAUCAUGCCUCGCCCCGUCACAGAGUUUUCCUACCGCUACUCCUCUGGCGACGUUGCCAACGUCCUCAUUGGUCUCUCCAUUACGGUGCCGGCGGCCCAGAGAGCCGAGGAGGUGCGCUCGCUCAUGGAGCGCAUCCGCGGCGAGGGCAUGGAGGUGACGGACCUUUCCAACGACGAACUCGCCAAGAGCCAUGUGCGCUACCUGAUUGGCGGCCGCACCGGCGUGGAGAAUGAGCGCGUCUUCAUGUUCAACUUCCCCGAACGGCCGGGGGCGCUGGAAAAGUUCCUCUCCACGCUGCGGCCCAAGUUCAACAUCAGCCUGUUCCAGUAUCGUACAUAUGGCGGAGACGUGGCCAAGGUGCUGGCAGGCAUCCAGUGCCCGCCGGAAGAGAACGCCGAGCUGGAGCAGUUCCUCGAGGAACUGGGGUACCCGUCAGAGGAGUGUACCAACUCGGCAGUUUUCAACAUGUUUUUGAAAAGUACCAGCCAGUAG